AUUACUGCAUUGUACAAAGUUAAUUCAUGCUUGUUUCUUUCAAUUUCAGUUGAUUUUGGCCUUGCCACAAUAGGGCCCAUCAGUACAAGUAAUGCAGGAACCCGCUGUUGGAUGGCACCUGAAGUCCAUGCAUGUUUUACAAGAAGUGUACAUUAUAACUACAAGGUGGAUGUGUGGUCUUUAGGAAUCACAGCCAUAGAAAUGGCAGAAUACAAUCCUCCACACAUUAAACUCCGUGGUGCUGAGCUUUCCGAAAGGAUUAUGAAUGGUCCAGCUCCAGCUCUAAAAGAGGAUAAAUGGAGUAGUAAAUUCCAGAGAUUUAUUAAUAAAUGUCUUCAGAAGGAUCCAGCCAAAAGACCAUUCGCAAAGGAACUCCUAUUAAACCGAUUCAUCACAUAUAAUCGAGAUGAAGAGGAGGUGCAAUAUAGCAUAGCAGAACAUAUGCAGAAAGACUUAGUUGCUACACUUGAAGCUCUAAAGACCAAACUGCAGUACUGCGCAAAACAUGUAAAUUAG